AUGCAUGUUAGAGGUGGUGAUAGGGGAGGCCCUAUGACGAAGAUGAACAGCCUCACCCUCCAAAUUCUCAAGGGGCGGAAAUUGUUGAUGUUCGGGUCUCUUUUGAUUAUGAACUCGGCUGGUUUGAGCUACAUCUUCGGCCUUUACUCUGGCGAAAUCAAGUCCUCGCUUGGCUAUGACCAAUCCACCCUCAAUUUGAUCAGCUUCUACAAGGACUUAGGUGCCAAUAUCGGUAUCAUCUCUGGCCUAGUCAAUGAGGUCACACCCCCAUGGGUUGUUUUAGCAAUUGGUGCUGUUUUCAACUUUUAUGGAUACUUCAUGAUAUGGCUUGGCGUGACUGAAAGAAUAGCCAAGCCCCUGGUUUGGCAUAUGUGCUUAUACAUAUGCAUCGGCGCAAAUUCACAACCUUUUAUCAACACUGGAGCCCUUGUCACUUCCAUAAAGAAUUACCCUGAAAGUCGUGGAAUUCUUAUAGGUGUUUUGAAGGGUUACACGGGUCUAAGUGGGGCUGUAGUUACACAGGUGUACCAUGCUCUCUAUGGUGAAGACCCAAAGUCUUUGAUUUUGUUAGUAGGGGUUAUUCCAGCAGUUGUAUGUGUGAUUUUUCUUCCAACCAUGCGGAUCAUGAACGCUCCUCGGCAACCAAACGAGCUCACACUUCUCUAUCAUUUCCUCUAUAUUUCGCUUGGUCUCGCUGGGUUCUUGAUGAUUAUAAUCAUAAUAGAGAAAAGGACCACCUUUUCACAAAGUCAAUACGGAGGGAGUGCAGCCGUGGUACUUUUCUUGCUGUUUCUACCUAUUGCAUUUGUCAUUAGGGACGAGUAUAAGGCUUGGAAGAGCAAGAGAGAAGCCAUAAAGAACGACCAUUCAGUAAUAAAAGUUACAAACGGGGAGGACUUAUCAAAAAAAACAAACGGGGAGGCAAUUAUUUCUAAAGAGAUUCAACAAUUUUCAGUCACAAAACCAAGUGAUGGUGCUGAUAAAAGCGUCAGACUUUCUUGUUGGCAAACAGCUUUUCAGGCACCAGAGAGAGGGGAGGACUAUACGAUAUUACAAGCAAUUUUUAGCAUUGACAUGUGGCUGAUUUUAUUGGCUUCAAUGUGUGGCCUAGGGGGAACUUUAACGGUAAUAGACAACUUGGGUCAGAUUGGAGCUUCCUUACGAUAUCCAAUGAAAAGCAUAAGCACUUUUGUGUCACUUGUGAGCAUUUGGAACUACCUCGGACGUGUGGUCUCAGGUCUUGUCUCAGAAAUUUUAAUUAAAAGGUACAGAACCCCACGCACUCUCAUACUCACUUUGACUCUCCUACUAGCCUGUGUUGGUCACCUCCUAAUCGCGUUUGAUGUACCCAAUGGUAUCUAUUUUGCAUCGGUGAUUAUUGGGUUUUGUUUUGGUGCACAAUGGCCAUUGCUCUUUGCUAUGAUUUCUGAACUUUUUGGCCUGAAGUACUACUCUACACUAUUCAAUUUUGCGGCUAUAGCUAGUCCAAUUGGAUCUUAUCUAUUCAACGUGCGGGUCGCUGGGUAUUUAUAUGACAAGGAAGCUAAGACGCAAAUGGCAGCCUUGGGGCUUGUAAGGAAGGCGAGGGAAGACUUGAAGUGUACUGGGGUUGAGUGCUUCAAAUUGUCUUUCAUUAUCAUUGCGGCCAUGACCUUUUUAGGCACAAUUGCUUCGUUCAUUUUGACGCUAAGAACUAAGAAGUUUUAUAAGACUGACAUUUAUAAGAAGUUCCGCGAGCCACAGGUGGAGGAAGAAGUUAAGUUGGAUAGCAGCUGUGACUGCUAUCAACCUUCUCAAGACUUCCCCGUUUACGGACCCUUCUCAAUUUUUCUGCCCAUUGACCCACCUGUUCAAGCACUAACUGAGGAGCAGCCCAAGGAGGAGGAUGAAGAGGAAGGUGAAGAGAGAAACCUAUUUACAACAUGGAACACUCAUCAUGAUAAUUACAACUAG